UCUGAAUCCGAUCAAAGCAUUUUACAAUUUUCUGAUAACCCAAACUACAAAGGCCCUUUGGCUCAGCCCAUUAUUCCACAGAAGCUUAUAAAUCUGAAAAGACCGUCCCCUGAGGUUGCUUGCUUCCAUCUUUUUUUUUUUGGAUUUUGAACACGAAACCCUAGUUCGAAUCGUCGGGGAGAAAUCCGAUUUCUCGAGGAAUUUUCAGGGCUUCGGUGGGGGGAAGAAAGGGAUCGAAAUGGGAGGGAAGACGGAAGAUGGCAGUGGAAGCAAGGACAAAGAUAAAGACAAGGACGAGGAGCAAGACGGCUUGUCCGUGCACUCUCCCUGCAAAGCUUUGCCCUCCUCUGAUUCCUCCCUCACUAAGGAGCAAUCACAGGUUGAGUUGGAGCUAAGGUUGUUAGAAGCUCUUGAAAUCUACCCUCCCGGAAAACUGCGAGGCAUACAUCGUCACUUUGUUCUUUACGGCCUGAUGGAAUAUCUCCGCAGAAGCUUUGACAGACAGUUUACAGCCGAUGAGGUUCUUCAGCUGUUGGAUCGUUUCUACAACUUAGAGAUGCUGAAACCGGACGAGGAUGACAUGGACAUUCUGAAUCAGGAGGAAGAUUUCAGCUUGCCGGAGAGUUACUUUGUCAAGGAAGAACAGUGACACAAUGGAAAAGGAUUUUAGUUUUUUUUUUUUUGGAGAAAAGAGAAGUUUUUUUUUUGUGGGUUUGUUGUUCCCUCUGUAUAUGUUAGACUUAGAAGAAGGAAGGAGAUGAAGGUAGCAAAAAAAACUUUGAAGGGUUAAAAUGUGUAUAUGCAGUUUUAAUGUCUAUAAAAAACAUGAGCUGAAAUGCACUGAGAGAGAUCCCUUCUCUUUAAGCAGUUUUCAUGUUGAA